AUGCCUUCCACGGACAAAUACACCGAUCCCGAGCUCCGCGAUGAGGUCAAGGAGGAAAUCCGUCAGGGAGACAAGGGAGGAGCACCUGGACAAUGGUCUGCGCGCAAGGCGCAAAUGAUGGCGGCCGAGUACAAAAAGCGAGGCGGUGACUACACCACCGACAAAAAGGACCAGGACGAGUCGCAACAGCACCUCUCCAAGUGGGGUGAGGAGGAGUGGCAGACCAAGGACGGCAGCGCGCAUGCAAAGCAAGAGGACGGCACCCAGAAGCGCUACCUCCCCAAGAAGGCUUGGGAGAACAUGACCGAGGAAGAGAAGGAGGCGACCGACGAGAAGAAGCAGCAAGAGAGCAAGGAGGGGAAGCAGUUCGUCGGCAACACUCCAAAGGCCAAGGAAAGCCGCAAGAAGGCGAACGACGAAGAAGACGAGGAGUAUGCGGUCAAGAAACAAGCUGAGAAGGCUGCGGUUGAAGACGGCCUGGCAGAGGCAGUUGACGAGGAGGACGUAGAGUAUGUAGAAGAGGAGGAGGAUGACGAUGCCGAGAUUUCAGAAGCAGACGGUUCAGACGGGGACGGCAAAGAGACCACGCCAAAAGGAAAGAAGCGCGGCCGUCCCACCAAGUCAGAGUCGUCUGCCAACAAGAAACAGAAGAACGACUCGGGCAAAGGGAAGCAGAGCGAAUCGAAGCAAGGCGGCGACAAGUCAAACAAGAGGGUCGGUUCCCGGCAUGACAAGGCCGACGCGCCGGCGGAGCAAGGUUCAAACGAUCGUCUUCCGGAGAAGGGGCAGCAGGUCCACUGGAAGUCUCUGCCUGGCUGGGUUGACGGAGAGGUCGUCGAAAUCGUGACGGAGCACAAGAAGGUCGAGGGAAAGGACGUCAAGGCCAGCGCAGACGAUGCGAGGAUUGUGCUGAAGAGCAACUCGUCGGGGAAGAUCUGCGUGCACAAGCCCGAAGCCGUGUACUUUGAUUGA